CUGCAAUUGAUUUUAAUCGUUUAAUUCUCACAAAUUGGCUGAGCCUCGACAACUUUCUCGACUGGCCUCGAAUCGCCCCCCGCUGCGAGCCUUUCCACCAGUCGACGUUUAUACUCGGCAUUUUUCAUGUCACUCGCAUGCCACUAAGUUGCCAUUCGAUUCUGGUGCCGCAGAGCGGCUUGAAAAGAUGGCAACUAUUGGCCUCGAUAUGCUGAUCGACCCUCCCUCGCCAGACGGUCUCGAGCCCGGGGAGGCGCUUUACCUUUUAGGGCCCCAGACCAUGAGCGAUGCGGCGUCCCAGGAGCAUCCUUCUGAUCCACAGGCGUCUCCGCGAUCGAACCCGCCUCCCCCGAAUCCGCCGUUCGUCUUCCCGCAACGGCCAUCCUCUUCUUCCGGGCCGCCUGCAGUUCCUCGAGCAACUGGGAGACGUCCACGAUCCGCGAUUGAACCUCGGAGCACGUUAGCGAAAGCAAGCGCGGAGGAUGAAAAGGGUGUUCCGCGAUCGCCAGCUCUGCCUGCCUUUUCUUUCAACCCUGGUGCUUCCCAGCCCUCAACACCGGGACUGGAGAACAUGUUUUUGAGUCCCCCGCAGUCUCCCUCAGCACCGAAUUCCCCGCGGUUGGCCGCCACUCGGCCCGCUGGCCAUGGACAUCGCAGAGGCGGGAGCGAGUUUGUCGGAGGGAGCAUUCGGGAUGGUGAAGCCAUAACUGUUUUGAACACCAGCCCGACCAAGUCCGACAGCGGUAUGGCUUCGCCUCUACUCCAGCCCACCAGGCCCCGCAGAGGCCAUGCCCAUCGUCGGUCUGCUGCUAUCUCCAGCCACGACCUGUCUUCGAUCAUCGCCCCACCGCCAAACCCGAGCGUGAAGGGGAGCACUGCUCCUGCGAGCCCGGCCGCCGCCGAACGAUCCCCUCGCCAAAGCCCUCAUACUCCCGAGAAACCCACUGAAAUCGAAAAGACGGCACCUGCGCCUGCCCCAGAACCCGUUGCAAUUGGACUCGGCACUCCGCCGCCACCUGCUAUGGAACUUGAACAGACCCCCAAGGCUCUGGUGCGAAAUAGGGUUGGGUUUUCCGAUACCUUGGAGUACAUCCCAAGGCCGCUCUCGCUGGUGUCCACCGAUACUUCCAGCACUGUUACCGCAAGGCCUGGUCACUCGCUCUCGGGGAGCAUCUCCUCCGUCAUCUCCAUUACAAACGCUGAUCGCGAGGUGGGCCCAUUUCCUGGUUCCGCUCCCGCGCAGAAGACUAGCGACAGUCGGCCUAGCACGGCAGGUGCUGUCAUGGAGCGAACCCAGAGCGCCCAGGAGCAGGACCCAGCUCUUCGGUCUCCGAGAAGACGUGGAUCGAUCCCUCUUCUGGGCUCGCUUCCCCCUACCAUUCCAGACUGCCCAGCUACUCCGAGCCCGACCAGAUCCACGAAAAAAUGGUCGUUUUUCAGCCUCGACCCUUUCGUCUCGGGCUCACCUACACGGACUCAGCCGGAUAGUCCUCGCUCUACCAUCUCGCAUUUGAGCAUGACGGAGCCCAAACCCGUGGAGCGCGUCGCAGAUACUCCGCCGCCCGGACCUGUAGAAGGCCCAGAUGCCCCGAAACCGCUAAGCAAGAAAAGAAGUAAAAAGAAGAAGAAGGUGAAGACUUGGGCAGGGUCCAUUUUGUCCCGCAAAGGCAAACACCGACCAGGUAAGCAGAAGCGCAGAGCGCCGACCCCACCUCCACCGCGUCCUUUCGAGGUGGCCGACGAGGUGGAAGACGGCGAGUUGCACAUGUCUCUAGAGCCGGAAACUUCGAACCUGCAGCCAUCUGGAAAUGGGGACUGGGAAACGUGGACCUUCCCAAAACCUGCCCAAGAUGAGGACAUGUCGUACCAGAUGAUCGACCUGGACGCGGCUCUCGGACCGUUCAACACCCCCUUGCCACGCAAUCUGGAAUGGGAAGCUGCACAAAAGGCGGGAGGCCUCACCAAGAAGCAGCUUCACAGCGCUGCAGGCAUGAGCCGGUUUACCGGGCCCGGGAUGCACUACUACCAUAGACGGGCUGAAAGCGCCCCGGAAUUGGUGCCUUUCGAAGGUGGACGCUUUGGAUUCCGGCGGUUCGGGAGCAGCUCCACAAUGGCUGACGUGUUCGAGGAGGACGAGGAAGAAGAGGAAGAGGAUUCGUGCGAGUCCUCGACUGGCGCAUCGACGCCUGCUGCUGGGACCUCAAUCGCCGAGAAGCCCGAGGACGUGGUACCGCUUGAGGAGCCGUUGCAACCUCUUCAACAAAGCCCAGCUAAGGCAGACAAUAUCGCGCCGCCUCCAGUCGAAGCCAACCCCGGACCGAGUCGCGAAGCCGACGAUGUGUCGAAGACAGCAAAAUCGGCAUCGAAUCCGGUUCCCAGUCUGGGCCGCGAUGAGGUGGUUCUCAUUGAACCUUCUCAGUGCUUGACCGAAUUUUCGGACUCACCUGGUUACAACGCCAAUUCUGGUUCCGCAACGCCUUCCCCGCGCCAUGCCUUCCGGCCCAAGGAUCUAGCUCCCGUCGAGGUUAGCCCUCUCAACCUUCCCACGACAUCGUUGGGUCCUGUUAGCCCGUGGUCCAUGACCCAGUCCUCCGCGUUUCCCUCUCCAAGAUCACCAAUGUCUUAUGAUGCGCAGUGCAUCUCUACCGCGCCGUCGUCGGUUACAGAGGACAACUUCCAUUCGCUUCUUAUGGGAGAGCCCGGGCCAGAAGUCCGGAUAUCGGUUGACGAUAUCCCCUCUCUGACGUCCAGCAACUCAACGAUGACACGGGACAGCCUCUUUGCACAGCACCCGCAAGCAAGGCAACCGCCGUUGAACGAUCAAGCGAGGCCUGCCUCUUUUACCUCGACUGCUUUCGGGCGGCGGCGUUCAAGCCUGGCGAGCCUUAGUCGCCUGAUCAACAGCUCACACGGGGAACGAAGCAAGUUGUCGAUCGAAGUCCCAAUGGAUAGCGAGCCGGAGAAGAAGUCUAAAAGCAGCAAGACCAAGCGCUUGAGCCGGAUGAUGCAGUUUUGGAAGUCGAAAGAUGGCAGCACGGCAUGAGGGCCACAGCUUCCUGGCACAUUCGGAUGGUGUCUGAACUAUGAGGAUGCAAUUGUAGGAUUAUGGAGGGGUGUUGGGGGGGUUUAAUUUUGAUGUCUUUUGGCGUUUCUGAUGGCAGCAUGAAGGGCAAGGU